GCAAAUUUAGUGGCCACUCUGCGUUGUAUUUACUAACAAAAUUACCUGCUCUUAGUCGUUCUUGCAAAUCAAUUAAGCCUUAAAUGGCAGUGCAAAAAAUAAGUGUGCAAUAAUUAAUCACUGAUCGAUUGCUAAACGGAGUUAACUGCUAAGUACCGAGAAGAACAGCGAACAGCUGGCACAGACGGAGACAAAUUCCAAUGCACUUUCUCCCCCGAAGAAAACCCGUCGAGCGGCUUAUUUGACAUCCAUUCCGAUAUCAAUACAGAGAAAUAGAGAGAAAUAGCGAGAAAUAGAGGCCACAGCACCUGUGGAGCUGUGCUGUAGCGACAACCACAACAAGAACAAAAAGUUGAUUGCCAUCGUCUUGGCCAUUUUAUUGGGCUUUAUAGCCGCAGUCAGUCACAUACCGCCCGUUGUCGAGUUUGCCACGAUUCUUAAGCGUUUUGCGUUUGCGGAGCACUCCCAAGAAUUCAUAAUUUGCAUAUUUAGAGCCGGAGAUAUAUGCAAAGAUUCCGAUUGGGCGUAGCAUGUUCAACGAACUGAGUCAACCGCCUUGAAAUUCUGCGCUAAAACAAAACAGGAUGGCUUCGAUUGUGGAGAAAGUGCGUCGCGUUUUGGAUGCCAAAGAUCUGGGCGACAUAACGACGGAGCUCUGUGACUUUUCGCUGAAAGAACAGAAUGCAACUGCCGAGGCCCAAGGAGUACAGCCUUCAUCCGCCUCCGAUUUUGUUCCCAUUCUUGGACAGACUGUCACCUAUAUUGUGGCUUGUGUAUUAAUUAACGAGAAUGACGAGCUGCUUAUGAUUGAGGAAGCCAAACAGAGUUGUGCAGGCAAGUGGUAUUUACCUGCCGGCCGCAUGGAGAAGGGAGAAUCCAUCACGGAAGCAGCCGCCCGGGAAGUUUUCGAGGAGACUGGUCUUAAUGCCGAGUUAACUACUCUACUGGCCGUGGAAGCCGCCGGUGGCUCUUGGUUCCGCUUUGUGCUCACUGGUCGAAUCACAGGUGGGCGACUUAAAACCCCCGCGGAGGCUGAUGCGGAAUCAAUCCAGGCAAGAUGGGUGCGUAGUCCCAAGGAAGUACCUCUUCGGGCCAAUGAUAUACUUAACAUUAUUGAAAUUGGCCGAGCAUAUCACCAGGGGCAAAAGAUUGCAGUUAGUCCUUCGCCAUGGCAUGGCAAAAUACUGCCCACACGGUUUUCACACAAACGGAACUAUCUACGAGUUCUAGCUGUAGCCAGAAAGCGAGCCCACAACUCGCUGAACAUCCUGGUCAGCGAAAAGAAUGCCCACCACUUCCCUACAGUGGAACUGCAUCCUAAUCGCAGUCUGCACUCUACGCUGCGGAAGUUUAUGAUUGAAAUUUUUGGUGCGGAGCUGCCACAACAUCGACCACAUGGCUUACUCAGCGUGGAACACUUGCCUUCGGAGCAGCCGAAUACGGAUGGUAUAUGCCUUAAUCUGCUGGUGGCUUUCCGGCCGCCGCUGGAAGAAAUUUCCCUCAUCGGCAAAUGCAUUUGGCAGGAACUGGGAGCACCACUCGACGAAAUGUUAGGGCGCAUUGUCAGCAGCAAAAACGCCUCCAUUCCCCUGAAUGUGGUGCGCUAAUUGCCUUAUAGUUUUAAACUAGAGUAAUCUGUCCUAAUCUAUGGUGCAAGCAAUCUAUCCGUUAUUAGUUGCAAUUAAAUAUACCGACUGUUA